AUGGCCCAAGGCUACCGACGCGGUCUCCCCGGAGCCACCGGUGAUCCUCAUCGCCAGCAGGCUCUGACCGAUCAGUACCAGGAGUUCUCCAACAACAACCAGGGAUCCGAAGCCACCCUUGGCCGCGAGGAGUUCCAUGCCUUUGUCGAUGACACUGUCAACCAACUUGUCCAUGCUAUCGAGAGCAGGAUCGAGAGUGCUGUAAGCUUGCAAGUACGCCGAGACAAUAUGAUUCGUCAUGAAGUUCGACUCGAGGCCAGGAUGGCCAACCUUCAGUACAUCCAGAGUCUGGCUUAUGGCUGCAUUCUCGCCGCUAUGAUUUCUGAGUGCACUUCGCAACCGGCACCCUCAUACUUCGACACCAUGGAGCAGCGCCGUCAGCCUCGUGCCCUGUCAGAGGCAACUCGACUGCAUCUUUCCCGCUUGCGACUGAUCGCAGCUGGCCAGGAGCCCAUGCCGGGUUCCUUCACGAGCGACCCAUACUACUCUGAGUCCGACAGCGAGGAUGCAUACGAUCCCGAAGCCCAUAUUGGUGGUGUCCAAGCUCCUACUUUCGAGGCUUACGCGUCUGGAGCCGAAGUUCAAUCCCACGAUCGCGACUACGAGAACCACGCCUCCGCUCACGCCUACCGCAACCUUCAAGUCCGCACUGCGCACACUUCUCACGACCCUACAUUCGACGCCCACGAGAGCUACCUCGACCGCUUCCAGGCGGAGCGCGCCCUGCGCCGCGACAUCUUCUUCAUCGAGGAACGCAUGAAGCUGCUGCAGGAGUCGAUGGCGUUCUACCAGGGCCUGGUGAAGGAGCACGAAGCGAACGUUGAGCGCCUGCGCCGGAGCCAGGAGUUGGCGAACGACCUGGAUCUCAACGAGUUUGCGCCGCUGACACAUUCGCGCUUGGCUCUGGAUGUGCGGGUUGAUCCUCAGGUGGUUGAGCGGGUGCUGGAUACUAUUCUCACGCUGGUGCUGGUGCUUCUCAUGCUGGUGCUGGUGUACUUGGUGUUCUGGAUACUCCCCGCGAUCUACCGUUGGGGGCAGCAGAAGUUCGGAUUCUGUGGUGGAGCAGGCCCGUAA